AGAGAGGAGUUGGUCGGCGUCGCUGCUGCUGCCGUCGCCACUGGCGGCGUGUACUGGCGGAAGAAGUGGGGUAAGGGAGCCAGGGGAUCGUCAUCCUCAGGUUGGAGGCGGUGGCACUUACGUUUAGACCUCAGUCGGCACCCGCGGCUCACGCGGUCACGGAGUUUCCUUCGUUUGGCGAGGUCCACGCACGCGCGAUCGAACGAUCGAUACGAGUGAUCGCUCGUUGUUUCAUUGAAAGCCAAUACACCACCGGCAAUUGCACCGUUUCGAACUCUUCUCGUUUAUCGAUCGACGGUUUUUCAAAUUGAUUCCAGGGAGGACACGUACUCGUCGUGUCGUAUAAUAUAUAGUUGCAUAAAGGACCAAGUCGCGGAGCUGCGUGUACGCACACAAACAUACACACACAUAUAUGUAUAUAUAUGAAAAGUCAGACUGGCUAUUAGAUACGCGCAAAAGGUCGCUGGUCGAGGUUGUGCGUCGUUGCGGAUACACCGAUACUCGAGACCCACCGCUUUAUCACUCGAGGGAUUACACAAGUGAGAACUGUAUAGGAUACAGUGUCUUUCCUAGGUUUCCUCACGCACGAACCGACAGUACUGAAGAUCAUUCGGCACGUACGCCUUUCCAACAGUCAUCCUUCGGCCCAUCCUUCGAAACGAUGCACGAUUAAGGGACGUCUGCACGUUGAGAUAUCGCCCGGCACAGAAAAGCCACGGGGUGAUUCGUCAGAAGGCGAGACGAGAGUCACGCACGAGACCCACGAGUGUUUCGAAAGUUCUGAUUUUUUUUUUUUUUUUUUUUUUCCCUCCCGGUUGCCGGUAUAUAGACAACGACCUCGCCGUCGUAUUCAUUCGUCGUAACUGCUUCUCCUCCCCUCCCUCCUCCCUGCCCGUGUGAAACUGUGCGACGCAGCCCACUCUCUUUUUCCACGCGCCUCGCAUUCCCCGGUCGUUUCCACUUGUUUUCGAGCGUCCAGCAUACGACGAUCGGUUUUAUCGGUCAUCGCAAGGCUAUGCGUGCUCGACGAUCUCGACCACCGACCGACAACGACGUGUCUAUCUACCUCUCGUUCGUUGUCGUUUAAGGAAAAAAAAAAAAAAAAAAAAUACGCGUAACGUCGUCGCUUGCGCGUACAGAUCGAAGUUCCUAUCGAAGAAAGUUCCAAAGUCGUCGGCGUGUCCUAUGUGUGUGCACGUUGUGGUGGAUAGUUAUCGUGUGCGGCAAGAAAACUCUCAAUUCACUCGGAAGACAGAAGUGGAGGUGGUGGAGGAUAGUGGCCUAUCUAGUCCCAUUAUAAAUUCACCCGUCUGAGCGGAAAAUUCUAUCGGGGAGAAUAGCAAAUGGAUAUGGAAACAGUUUCUCGGACGUGCUGAGGGAGGUGAAGAAAAACAAAGAGAAGAGACGUUCGCUGACUGUGUACCAGUGCCAUGUAUAUCCGGUAACGUCUAGUGCGGGCAAGUGCUUCGGUCUUUCUUUCGUUUCGUUUCGUUUCUUUCCUUUCUUUCUUUUCUUUUCUCUGUCUUUUCUUUGGCGCGUGUUCUCGUGCACGGCGCAAAACGGGGGGAAACAGAGAUCGCGCGCUCGACCGUCAGGAACAUGGGUGUUCUAUUGGUCUCGGAUGGCACAGCGGCGGUUCAGCCUCGUAUGAAUUUGAACGCGGUUAAAGCCACGGGCGCGCAGCGUGCGAUCGACAUCGAUAACGAGGCGAAUAACAAUGUGAACGGGCUAAGAGACGCGAAUAGUCUGAUGCCGGCGCAGGUCGUCGGUAUAAUCGACGUGGUCGUCAACGACGAGCCGGUGCGCAGCUGGAUGCCGCCCCCGCCCAAGAAAAAAUGGAUACGACAUUAUCUGCUCGAGGAGGAACCGCUGGAGAACAAUAGGACGAACGGGAAUCACUCGACUAGUUCUCGAGGAAGUCCCGUGAUCUCAAGCACGCGAGUAACGCCACCUUCGGUAAACGUGAACUCGGCUCAUCUGACCACUCUACACUCCGCGUCACAUCACCAUUUGCCUCAUCAUCAACAACAACAGCAACAACAACAGCAGCAGCAACAGCAACAGCAGCAACAGCAACAGCAACAACAACAGCCGCCGCAGCAGCAGCAACAGCAACAGCAGCAACAGCAACAGCAGCAGCAGCAGCAGCAGCAGCAUCACCAUCAUCAUCACCAUCAUCAUCAUCAUCACAACAAUCAUAACAGCACGCAUAACCCUUACGUGGAAAAUCAUAAUUCAAAUCACUCGCAACAGAACGCGGGCAAUCUCAUCGUCGACGUUGAAUCGAGCCACGACAAUAAGAAGCACCGGAACGGGUAAGGACAGUUGUAAUUAUUUUUUAUCUCGUUUUUUUUGUAUGUAUACUGACUCGAUGUUGUGUUUUAUUUGUGCGGCAAAAUCCGAUAGGAUAAGUUCUGUUUUCUUUUUUUUUUUUUAAUCUCGCGGUUAAUUUAUAAGAUCAGUGAUAUAUCAGGUGUAUUGCGAUUAUUCUGAAUUAGCCUUGUUAUACUUUCUGCACUUCUAACCUACGCAAUUAACAUAAUUAGACGCUAUUGUACUUAUGUCACAUUUAAAAAGAAAUAAAUGAUUAACACGUUC